AAUGGUAUAUGCUAUUGUAUUUUUUUUUUCUCUUGCUGCUCUUUUGUUAAGUGCACUGAGCUCAUUUGCCAAUGAGAUUUAUGUGCCUUUUAUUAUUACUAUUAUUAUGUACAGGGCCGGGGACUGCAGUACGCGAUCUGGUUCUUUCUGAAAACAUGAGGCGGACUUCUCCUUCCUUACUGUUUUAUGUUUUGAAGACUAUUAUUUCUCGUAAAGGUUGCAGGUAGAACUCGGUGUCGGUUGUAGUUAUUUCCUUCCUUGUGACGUCUGGAGGGCGCCUUGACUGGAGGGCUGAUGUCAAUGGUUUGUCAAAAGCUUAGAGGGCAGGAGGGGGAGAAAAACAAGACUUCAUGCAAGACUGAGCUUGCUCCGCUGUCACAACAUGUACUAGCUGUAGGUUUCUGAGAUGUCCAACGCAUGAUAUACUCAUAAAGUCUUGGUUCAGGUGUCUGCUGCGAGGCAUAAAGCGCUGUGAGUCGUACCCGUGCUGCAGACGUGGGGCAGGUACCCCGCGCACCCGGCACAAACUAAAAUCGAUGAAGCCCAGGGUUUCGCAGGAACAAGUAGGCAACCGUGAUAUGACUCCAUUUCGUGUUGUGUGGUGCAUGUGGUCCAACAAUCAAAAUGUGACUGAGAUUGCAAAGGUCCAUUUGGGUUUUGAGUAGCUCUUGAUGUCAGGUGCAGGGUGAGUGCAAAUACCAAAUGGCAAACCAGAAUAACAGCACGGAUGUGAGUGGUGAGGACUAUGCCAGUGUGCCACCCCGAGCGACGUUUCUUGCUUUGAUAAUUCUGUUGUCACUUGUGGCAAAUGUGCUCCUCAUUUCUGCCAUGUGGCACACCAGGAAAGUUGUACAGAAUGUGCAGAAUUUCGCCAUCAUCAACAUGUCAGCGGUGUGUCUUUUUGAUUGCGUUUUCAACAUGGCCGUAGUCUUUGGAUCUCUGUCAGUGGGUACCUGGAACUUUGAUGAUGCACUGUGCAGAUGCCACUUGUUUGCUAUGACAGUUGUGGUGAUUCAGACCAUUCUUCUGCUGACACUUCUGACAAUUGACAGAUACCUGGCUGUGAAACUUCUUCACAAAUAUGACUUGAUGUUGUCACCACUAUAUGUGAGUUUAUGUGUAGGUUACACAUGGAUUCAGACUCUUGCAUUUAGCAUUCCAUUUCUGACAAAUUCCAUUGCGACAGCCUUCCAUCAAAGCCUUCAUGCUUGUUCUGUUUCCAACGAAACGCCUUUGGUAUUCACCAUUGUUGCAUCAGUAAUUUGCUUCUUAGCACCUGUUAUAGCAAUUCUUAUUUUAUAUUGUUUGAUAUUCUAUCUUGCAUACAAGCAGCAUCAUGUGUUGAAAACACUUGCAACACAAAAUCAUUACACUGAGCAGCUGACAAGAGAAUCACGACUGUGGCAGGAAAUGCUGACUGUGAGGUAUGUUGCAAUACUUUGUAUCCUUUGGUUGAUAUUGGAGGUUCCAUACAUCAUCACAACCUUUAUGCAUCAGUAUCAUUUCAGCAGGGAGCUUGACUUUGUCAUUGACUAUCCUUCAAGUGUUGAUGCUGCCUUCAUGUGGAUGCGUUUCUCAUAUUCUGCUUCCUUUCCCAUUACAACAUAUGUGUGGCGGAAAGAAUUGUGGCAGACUACAAAAGAAUGUGUUAUUUGCCGCAGGAGCAAUUCAGUUGUUGAUAUAGAAUCAAAAGCAAAACAGGGCUCAAGAACCACAGCAGUUGCAGAAAACUCAUCUAAGAUUCCUUCUAGGAUGAAGGACCGAGAACAAAAAGAAGAGCCUCUUACUAUUUUGUCUUUCAAUGUACCUGUACUGUUUGCUACCUCUGAAGGGAUUCACAUUGAAACGCAACACAGUGAUGUAUCUGACACAGAAUUAUUUUAUGCUGAAAUUCUUGACACUGCAAAAUCCACUCAGAAACAGCGUCUGAAAGGCCGCAGACUGGAUGUCGGUGACCCUGAGGCUGAUGAUUUACCUAUGUCAUUGAAUACCAGUGAUUAUGACUCUAGCACAGAGGAAGACCCUCCAUUCAGAACUGUUUCUGCAGGCCAGGUGAAUGGGACACUAGAUAGUAGCAAAUCUGCAACUGCUAUCGACAUAAAGAAAGACCAGAAACAGGAUAUUCUGUCUCAGCAAAAGAGUUCCACAGUAUUUACUCUUAAUGGCAACGAUUCUGGUCUGGACUUGAGCGACACACCUGGGUCAUCUACAGAGAAACAGUUACAGAAGCUAGUUGAAAAAUCUCGGACACGUGCUUCCACUGAAGCAUCACCAUCUUCCAGCCAAAUAGAUGGUGAUGGCAUCAGCAAUGAUAUGGAACAAGAAUGUUGUAAAAACUGUGACUGCAUGUUAAGACAUAAGUCAGAACAUUGCCCCCAAACAUUGCAGCAAAAGCCAAUAAAGCUUAAACCAUUAGAAAAAUCAAAAAGAAGCAGAAGUAGAAAAGAAAUACAAAAGAAAAAUAAAGAAGCUGUGAUAGCCAGCAACAGAGCUUGUGACAAAACUGCAGGACAAAAUGAAACUGUACUUCCAAGUGAACAAUCUAAACAUCAGCUGGAAACUGAAUGUGAGAUUGAGAACAGCCAAAAAAAGAGUGUGGUGGAAUCCAAAAGAUCUUCAGGAACUGCUCGUGGUCACAAGAGAACCAUGACAUCAGACAGUCAGAAGCCUUUGAUGGAUUCAAAUAGUUCUCAGAGUUGAGCAGCUUGAAAGCACAGAGUUUUUGAUAUAUAUAUAUAAAGGUAGUGGACUACUUGGUGUUUUGAGAAUUAUUUAUUAGUGUUUGAUCCAUUGUAGAAACUGUUGAUUUGUUACAUAUUGACAGAUUUUAUAUACUAUUUUUUAUUUAUAUUUGCCCGCAAAUUUAAACACUAACAAACUAAAACUGAAAUAAAACCUUGACCCUUAAGUCAGCAUAUGAAAUCAGAUGUUACUGAUUAUUAGUUAUUAGUAUUUCCAAGAAAGAUUUUUGCAGUUUUGUUUAAUUUGUGUGAUUUUAGGCUAGUUUUAUGUCAAACAUACUGUUUCUGACACCACUGUUUCUUCCAGUUUGACCCAUUUGCAAGAAUGAUUCAGUGAGAUAGUGAUAUUCACUGUGAAGUGUUUAUGUACACAAGCCCAGCUUUAUUCUUUUGUAAUUUCGCUUGUUUAAAAAUAUUAGACUUCCACAAAUAGCAAUGGUUUAUUUGACUUUGGCCGCGAGCAUAUUGGUUUUUUGUCUACAUGUGGGUCAGUCACAUUUGACUUUUCUAAAGCAUUUGAAAAGGUCUCCAAAACAUUCAUCUUGCUUCACUACAUUGAUCAUUCGGCUUAUUAGAGGGACUUAAAUAGAACAGUAUGGUUUAAGAACUGAAACGAGGUGCAGAGCAAGUACAGACAAGAUUGUAUAGUACUUGAAUUUUGUCAGCAGUCCAAAUCAAAGGCAUGACAGGGAGUGGUAAAACUGUGUGCAGUGGUGUAUAAAUGUCAAAACUUGGCAGGGUUGAUGUCUCCCCCUUCCCCCUCAAAGCACCUGAGCGACAUUCAUUGUCAUUAACUUCUUGGCCUUGUGGCCAUCGUUAGGUAGAAUCAUAUCCGUGAUCGAAACAUUUUAUCAUACAGCUGAAACUACAUUUGUUCUUACUCUUACUUUACAAUUAUUUCCAAUCUUUUAAGAAAAAGAAACUAAAACUUUGAAAUCUUGCUGAUUGUAUGAUAUCAACCUUGACACCAAUAGCAAAAAUGUAAAAUAAUUUUUAAAUUAAAAAAGAUUGUGGGUGACUAUGAUAAUGAGGUGGUAUGUAUGAAAUAGAAUUUUGUUAAUAACACGAAAUGUGUAGGAAGAACCUAUAAAGAUUAGAGUUUUACAGUAAAACCCUUAACAAAUGUUUGGAGCGAUUGAUACCAUGGUAAGGUCUAUAAGCAGUAAAGACAUUAUAUCUUUUUGUCCUUAAUUCUUUCAAAAUUAUGAUAUAUCUAGAACAGCAUUCUUUGUUGUGCUAAUUUUUUUUUUUAAAGUCAGGUGGUAUAUAUUUACUUUUUAAGAUAUUUAGAUUAUGAUAACUUUCUAACAAUCAUUAUAAGGCUAAGAAGGUUUAGAUUGGCUGAAUUAUCAUUGUUGACGGUGUCAUCAGUAUUUGCAUGUGUGCGUUUGCUCACAGUUUAAAUCAUGCAUAAAUGUUACUAGUUUGUGGUUGUUAUGGAAAGAGACAGUGCCAACUAAUGAGCAAAAAAACAAUAAGUACAGCAUUUAAUAAACCACAGAAAAAAUAAAAAGAAGCGGCAAAUAAAAACAAAGCAUGGGUAUAACAAAAGGUGUGCAAAGGGAGAGAUCAUGUGAAAGCUGUGGAAGGGCCUCCCAAAACUGUACUAAAAGACUUGCGAGUACAAAUUAACAGCUAUAAGAUAUCAUGAUUUAUGUAAAACAUUAUGAGCAAAUGUUAAGAAAGGUGCUAUAUAAAUCCUCAUUAUUAUAAAAAGAAGAGCAGUUGAGAAAAGCUAACAAAGUGCAUAAAAAUUUGUUGAACCUGCUAGAGAUUAGGACAUGCAGAUAAAUGUAAAUCCCAGUAUCUUGCACAUGUUUUACCUAUAGAAAGGCUUUGUCCCUAUAUUAUAUGUUUUUGAGUAAACUGUUGUUAAGGUUUAGGAAAUAGUGUUCAACUGUACAUUUUGGCCUUCAGACGAUGACUGUUCAGUGCUCAUUCAUCAUUGUUUUCAGACCUUGAAUAUAAAAAUCAAAGAUUUUUCUGGAUGUCACAGAACUUUGCAUCACGUUCUUGAGGCUGUCGUGUUUAUGGUUACUAUUUUUGAUAUGCAGGUUAUUUUACAGUGAUAUAUUUUUUCAUGUUUCAUUUAAUCCUACAGUUGAGAUCCUUGUCUCCCAUUACCUUUAUAAAGUAAUGCUACAAUUUGUUGGUUUUAUGGGUUUUUUAAGGACUGGUGUCAACUAUAGUGAUUCACUGGAAUCAGAUAUUUUGAUAAAUAAUUGGAUGUUUACAAAUUUAGAGAAAUUAUAUAUAGAAAAACAUUGGAGUGUUACCACAAGCAUAAUGUUGGAGGUUUCGAUUUUAUGGUAGCAGUUCAAUGUCUGAAUAGAUUAAACAAAAAUGCACCUUUGGAUUAGUGUCCAUCUGUACCACCAUUCAUGUUUUCAUAUUAGAUAUUGUAUGAUAUCUGCAUGACAUACAUUGGUAAGCAUUAUUUGCAUCCACAUUUUACUUUUUUUUAUAGUAGUGCCGGUACUUUCAAGUGUCUCUAUUAUUUCCUUGGUGGGAGUGAUACAGUGAACUUACUACAGCAUUUUUUUUUUUUUGUUCUGCAAGGGAAAAGAGGGGAUUGUGUAUUUGAAUCAAGAAAUGCUUACAAAUGUCAUGAAGGUUUACCAUAUGAAUGCUGUCAUUGUCAUGCAUAUUUCCAGUAUAACAUUGCUGGUUUGCCCUUUAAGGCAUAGCAUUCAGUUGUCUUGUGUUUAACUAUUUUGGUCAUUACAUUGAUCCUAUUGUUUGGUCCAUGUAGUUUUUCUACAAAAAUAUACACAGAAAAUAAGGACAUUAUUUUCACUCCAUACAGGUUACAGAUUUCUGCAAAGAUUAUAUUUUAUUUCUGUGAUCAUAAAUGCCAUUGGUUGCAUGCCAGUGUCUGUCCGUCCAAGAUGCUGCAAUACGAUAUCUAUUUUUUAUUAUACCAUUAUUUUAUUUUGCUAUGGUAUAAAUAAUAUUUAAUGUGGCUAGGAGUUUGUCCUAAGACCUGCAUAGAUGCCAACUUUUUAAAAGUUAAAAAUGUUUAGCUAAUUAUGAAGACAGCCUUUUUUUCAUUUGUGGACACAAAUGUAGGACUACACACAUGAUAUUCUUGUGGCAAUGUUCAGUGUUUCCAAGAAUAAAAUGCCAGAAUUACAAA